AUGGCCGAAGUCAUCGGGGUAGUUUCAGGCGCGAUAAAAUUUGCGACAGUGAUUGUUCAAAUCGGCAAGACAGUCAUUACACUGAAAGAAUGCUACGACGAUUUACGUGACGCGCCUGAUGAUCUACGAAAGCUAGUGCAACAAAUCGAAAUAUUUGGUAAAAUACUGGUGAAUGUGGAGAGUGACUUGUCACGAAAUCCGAAUCUCGCCUUGGAGAGCAGUGAAGCUGCGCUGCAAAGCUUAGCCUACUGCAAAGAAGCUGCGAAUGAGUUAGAUAAGGUCUGCAACAACAUCGUUCGGGAUGUGAAAUUUCCGAGCCGUUUGCGACGGUCUUUCAAGUCCGCCAGGGUUGUUUUACAAAAAGGGAGAAUCGAGAAGCAUAUGGAUCAUUUGAGAAAUGUCCUACAGCUGCUUAUGUGGUCUGAGCAAUGCUACCACCGGGCCCUUACUCAAGCCCAUAUUGAAGCACGCUCUCAGUUGAUCAUUGAGACCAUGGUGAAACUCAAUACAGCCAGUUCGUCGUCAAGUAGCUCUAGGAUUACAACAACUCUCGAAGAGGCAGAGUCCCCUCCCAGCCAUAUCAAAUCUGCUGUGAUAUCACAAAACCAAAGAUUAAAAUGCGAUCAAAACAAUAGCUCGUACAAAUUUGUGACGGAUGGAAAUAUCAAAGGGCUCCAGGAUCUAUUUGCCUCCCGGCAAGCAUCACCUUUUGACCGACUCGAAAGCCCAGAUGGGAGAUCCCUUAUUCAUUUGGUCGGCCGCAGAAAUAGGACUGAGAUGGUAUCAUUCCUCUUGGACCAAGGAGUAGAUUUGAACUCGUUAGACGAGCCACCACUUCUCAGCGGUACAUACUACUCAGAAGGUACACCAGAUUUGGAGUCGUUGAUUCCAUCUAUGCGUCUCAUCCUUCGUCAUAAAGAUGUGAGCUAUGAGUGCACCCACGGAUGGGUGGUUAAUGUUCUGGGCAAUUUUCAAGGAACAUUAGAAGAGUUUGCCUUCUUACAACGGCAAAUUUGCCCUUCUUUCUACGAUCUGCCAAAACAGACUCGUCUCCGUGUGGCUCGUUCCGUAGCGGGGAGCUUACCGGUGCACUGGAACGGUAUCGAUUUCACACCAGAUAUUGUCCGAAUGGUCUUAAAAAUAGAUGUCUUAGAUUCCGAUGAUAUCGCAUGUUGCUCAGACAAGACUCCAACGCUGAUUCAUUCUGCAGCGAAGCAUAUCGGGGCUAUUCGAUGGCUCAUUCAAAGAUUGGGUGGUUCCAACAAACAUCAAUCAAGGAUCGACACUUGGAUUGAACUCUGUCGUGAAUUUCUGAGGGUCACAAAUGACAUUCAUACCCUAGUCCAAAAAAGAACCCCAUUUAUAUCGUUUGUCGUGGGAUACCUCAGAUAUUGGACUUGGAACCCACCUAAUCCAUAUAGCGUUCAAAUGUGGUUGGAACAAUUGGAAACUGUGUCUGUUGAUCUAAACGAAUAUGGCAGGACAGAGGAGUCUAUUUGGAAAAGUGGGACAAUCCAGCGCGAGUUCGGGUCGUGGAAUGGUCAUCUAAAAGAGAUCCAAUCACUAAGAGUGAUUGGAUUUGCCUAUGGCCCCUCCCCUGAAGAUUGGCGUCUAUGGCUAUCUGAGCCAAGUGACUCUUAUGUGGGGGACUUCUGGAGGAUGGUUGCGCGGCCAGUGGAAGUGAUGCCAGGUGCCUGGCCGCAAGAAUGA